AUGGCAAGAAGGAUUAGAGGCUCAUUUGGCCAUCUGUUGGUGUGGACAGGGCUCUGUUUGGUAUUUCAUUACAAGAUUUCGUUCUUAAUUACCAGGAGUGUCUCAACGAGCCAAAUGGCUAAGUACUAUGCAGUUCGAAACGGUCGUAGACCGGGGAUCUACUCUACUUGGGAUGAGUGCAAACAGCAAGUUGACGGGUUCAAAGGUGCUGUAUACAAGAAGUUUGGUGAUCUUAAAGAGGCCACAGCGUUUGCACGAGGUGCUGGAUCCUCUUCAUCAAUGACUGCAAGGCCCUCAGUGUCGAACCAACUUCUCCAAACCACUAGACCGGUACCCAAUGUUGCCAUGAAUGACCUAAAGAGGAAUGCACCAAGCCAUUCAACAUUGAAAGAUGAUUCCUACAACCCUACACACAAACGACAAAAGGCUUCAUAUUACGCGGUCAACUAUCCAAACGGUGAGUCGUCGAUAUUCACGACAUGGGCUGACUGUCAGAAGGCUGUGCGUGGUUCCAAGGGAAUCACGUUUAAGAAGUUUGACUCUCUGGACUCUGCAAAGAGAUUCACGCAUGGCUCAGAUGACAAGGCGUUUUCAGAAGAGCAGAAAAGCACUGCACUUGACCACAUAACUUCAAGGCAUGGACAACAUAGAGUCGAGUCCCACAAGAGCCAGGACGUGAAGUAUGUAUUCAUGGAUGGCUCCUAUCUACCUACCCUCAAGAGAUGUGGAUACGGUGUGUAUUUUGGGCCAAAUGAUGCGAGAAACCUAUCUGAACCAGUAACAAGAGACUUUGACUCAACAGAUUCCUUUGUUGGUGAAGUUUAUGCAACUAGGGCAGCGCUGUCACAUAUAAUGCGAGAUAUCGAAAAGUUUCAGACAGGAGACACAUCCGAAUUAUUGCCCAAGUAUGUGUUAGCAACUGAUUCAGAGACUGUAAUCAACAUCUUGACCAAAUAUGCACCGACCUGGACUGACAAAGAUUUUGAACAAAGGUCGGCCGGCUUAGUGCUGAAGGAGGCAUACGACAAGUUCCUCAAAGUGCAAUCUUUCUUCAACCUUCAUUCCAAGGUGUUUGAUGAUCACAGAUUUGAAAUCAAGUGGGUUAAGGGACAUAGUGGUAUCGAAGGCAACGAGGCUGCAGAUCAAUUAGCUAAAGCUGGUGCAUUAAAGUCAAAAACUUAG